CAAACACCCCCCCCGCCGACCCAAACACCUGGGAGAGGAGGGGGAGGACGAGGAGGUUGGCCCGAGGAGGACAGAGGGCCGCCCUCACGCGCGCCGUUGCCUAGCGAGGGCGAAGCGCCGCCGGAGCCCCAGUUGCCGCCACCGCCGCCGCCUCCUCCUCCUCCCCGGCUGCGGCGCAAAAUGGCGGCGGGAGGCGCCUCUUCGUCCUCGGCCCGGGUGGGUGAAGGAAGCGCCGGCCUGUCCGGACCCCCCAGGCGGGGUGGGAUGGGGCGCGGGCCGGGCCGGGCGUCGCGCGGGGCCGCGGGAGGUUUCUUUCCCGCCUGACUUUCCUCUCCGCUUCGUUCGCCCUCCGCAGGUGCCCCUCCGCCGGCCCUCCGCGGGCGCGGAGCCCAAGGCGAGGAGCUGCAGCGCCGCCGCCUUCCUGGCCAAGGAGGAGGAGUACAAGUAAGGGGCGUCUCUCUCCCUGAGGGGGGGUCCCUGCUGAUGCUCGCCCCCCGUUAAGUCCUCAAGGGCGUCCCCUUGAUUCAAGACGCGUGUCUUUUUCUUCGUGAGAAUCCAGCGAGUGGGAGGGGGGCGUAUCGAGGCUGGCCAAGGAAGCCCCCAACUCCCGCUCUGGCCACACGACGCUGCGAUGGGGCUUUUUAUUUUGGGGGGGGGUGUCUGGUCCAAGAGACGGGUUUUGAUGGCGACAGAGCAUUUCCCCCCUUGCUUCCUUACUCCCAAGUAAGUGCCGCUUUCUCGGGCUCAGGCUUGAGCCCCUAAGCCCAGUUGCGUGGGGAUAUGAGAGAGGCAAUUAGGCAUUCUCAGAAGCACCCUUGCCUUCCUCUAGACCAGGCAUAUCUAACAGGUAGAUCAUGAUCUACCGGUAGAUCACUGGUAGAUCAUUGGCUCCCCCCAAAGAAGCUGAACAACUGUGGCUCCCCUAAAAAAAGCUCAACAUUUUACCCCCUCCCUGAAAAACCCAACUUUGACCCGAACCCCAAAAAAGGGGGUAGAUCACUGCCCGUUUUUAACUCUGUGAGUAGAUCGCAGUCUCUUGGGAGUUGGCCACCCCUGCUCUAGACCAGUGGUUCUCAAACUUUUUUCUCUGGGCAUGGUAAUUUGCUCACACCACACCGAAUUUUUUAUUGUUAAGAAUGCAUUGGAAAACCAAAAGAAACAGCUCGCAGCAGUGCUUGAUUUUGAAAAGAUAGCUAUCCAUAUUCUGCAAACAAAUCAUUUUGAUACUAAACUGUACUAUACUACACUGAAAUGUUUAAAUGCUGCUGUUGUCAAAAAUGUUUUUAUUAAUUUUCCAAAAUUUCCCAAUAAGGUAAAUAAAGGUAAAGGACCCCUGGACGGUUAAGUCCAGUCAAAGGACUUCUCGCUUUCAGGCCGAUAUCAAUUAGUUCAAAUGUUUCUUUGAAGGUCCUUGAAUCUUAGUCCCACACUUGCCAUCCUGUCUGCUCUGUACUAAGGCACUAUUGGCAUUCACUCAUCUCUGCACCGCAGUGGCUGGUUCAAAGCGUGCUCCAGCAGCCUUUCCUAGUUUACUGACCUCAUAGAACUGUAGAGUUGGAUGGUAUCCCUGAGGGUCAUCUAGCCCAACCCUCUGCAAUGCAGGAAUCCCAACUAGAUCAUACAAUACAGGUAGCCAUCUAAUCUCUCUUUCAAAACCUCCAAGGAAGGAAAGUGCACCACCUCUUAGGGGAGUCUGUUCCACUGUUAAAGAGCUCUUACUGCCAGAGUACAGUCAAACCUCGGUUCCUGAAUAGCUGUUUUCAAACGUUUCUGCUCCCGAACGCCAAAAACCAAGAAGUAAAUGCUCUGGUUUUUGAACGUUUUUUGGAAGCCGAACAUCCGACGCAGCUUCCGCUUAAGUGCAGGAAGCUCUUGCAACGUUUGCCUUGGUUGUCAAAUGUUUUGGAAGCCGAACGGGCUUCCAGAACGGAUUAUGUUUGACAACCAAGGUUUGACUGUACUGAUAUUAGGUUAGAAUCUCCUUUCCUGUAAGUUGAAUCCAUUGGCUCCAGAUGCUUUGAGCUGCAACUCCCCUUGGCCAUAUUGUAGUCUAAUACGUAGUGGGUGGCACUGUGGUCUAAACCAUUGAGCCUCUUGGGCUUGCCGAUCAGAAGGUCAGCGGUUCGAAUCUGUGUGAUGGGGUAAGCUUCCCAUUGCUCUUUCCCAGCUUCUGCCAACCUAGCAGUUGAAAGCACACCAGUGCAAGUAGAUAAAUAGGUAUCGCUGUGGCGGGAAGGUAAACAGCAUUUCAAUGUGCCCUGGCACUCGUCACGGUGUCCUGUUGCACCAGAAGCAAUUUAGUCAUGCUGGUCACAUGACCCGGAAAGCUGUCUGUGGACAAACACCAGCUCCCUUGGCCUGAAAAGCGAGAUGAGCAUUGCAUCCCAUAGUUGCCUUUUACUGGACUUAACCGGCCACGGGUCCUUUACAUUUUUACCUAAUACACUACAGUACUUCCAACAUAUAUAGAGGGUGCUCAGGCAUACUGAGUGGAUGACUUCAGCAGAGCAUUCACCUCCAGAGACCUUGAUAAAGUUGCCCUGUUUAUUGCCUGUUUAUUAAUGUUUAUUGCCUGUUUAUUAAUGAGAUUUGCGUGUUACCUAUCCUUCUCUGAGUGGCUUUCAGUACACAAGUAUAGAAACACAAAACCAUGAAAUCAGAAGAAACAGAUGCAAAAAGAAAACUCAGCACAAGCCCAAAGUUCAAACACAGAUUUUAAAACUAAUGGGACCAGACUACAUAAGCAGUGGUUAGGUGGCAAUCUCUCAUGGGUGCUUUAGCUGAGAUUCCUGCAUUGCAGGGGAUUGGACUAGAACCUUGGGGUCCCUUCCAACUCUACCGUUCUAUGAUUCUCUGUUCCUAGCAAAGUAUUUGCUUUCUAUUGCGCCCUGCAGCCGUCAGCCAGCAAGUUUCUCCCGGGAGUCUGUCCCGGGAAGGCAGACUCCUUGCAGCACCAUUUUAGUGGUCUUGCUUUCUAAAAGAUAGCCGAGUUAAACACAGUUUUCAAAUACUGUUUUAGGCGUGUAAAUGCAGAAUUAGAAGCCAAGACAGCAGAAUUGGUGCGUCAGGCUGAAGAAGUCAUGGUGAGUACCCAGUGUCAGACCUGCUUAGCUACAAUACUGUUGACCACCGUAUUUUCUUGGACUACCUCCAUGAGUUGGGAGUACCAUUUUACGGCAGUUUGACUCCUACUUACGGGGUUGGUUCUAGCGAUUAGUACUCGGCGACUGCGCUUUGGGCCCCUUGUAGUUCCACCAGCAGGCCACAGUUUUGUCCUCUGCUAUUUAAUAUCUAUUCAAAGCCACUAGGAGUGGUUAUUAGGAGACGUGAGGCAAGGUGUUACCACUAUGCUGACAAUACUCAACUCUGUUUGUGGCAUCUGAAUCAACAGAAGCCACGCAUGCCCUAAACACGUGGGCUGGAUGAAAGCUGUGAUUGAAUGCUGACAAGAUGGAGAUCUUUAACGCCUUCCCUUCAGGUAGGAAGCAAACCAUGGAGUGGCUGGCUUGGCAUUGUAUGUGAACGAGCACUCGUGGUUUGUUUCUUCCUAGACGAAACAGAAGUGGAAACCAAGGUUUGUUCUUGAUUUUCUGCUCAUGGAUCAUUUAGAAAAACGAACAAUGGACAACCAGUUUGUGUGUCCAGUCACUCCCAUGUUUUAUUUCCUAGCUUCAGUCAAGACAAAGCAAAGUUGGCACCUCUGAGCAUCAUUACAAUAGCAUUCUUUUCAUACACAGUACACUAACGUUUGUUUUCAGACCAUUAUAUGGUUUGAAUAUUUAAAAAAUAUGUACUUCACAUUGCCUAUCUCUAAAAGUGGCCUGAUUGCAAGUACUUAGCCACAACAAUGGGGCGGUCUUUGCAUAUGGAGAUUCUCUCUCUUGUUGACUCAGUCUAUAGAGAAAAAAUAAAAAAAAUCCUUCCAGUAGCACCUUUAAGACCAACUAAGUUAGUUCUUGGUAUGAGCUUUCGUGUGCAAGCACACUUCUUCAGAUACACUGAAACAGAAGUUGCCAGAUCCUUCUAUAUAGUGAGAAGGUGGGGAGGGGUAUUACUCAGAAGGGUGGUGGGAAUGGGAGAUUGGCAGAUAGCUGAGAUGAGCCUGCUGACGACUCUUAACGACUGUAAUAGGUCUUACAGGAAAAGGCAAGGGGUGAGAAGGUGAGAAAUGGCUUAGUCAUGUAUAAUGGGAUAAGAAUCCAAUGUCUUUGUUCAAACCAGGUCUCUCCAUGGUUUUAAGUUUGGUAAUGAGUUGCAAUUCAGCAGCUUCUCUUCCAGUCUAUUUCUGAAAUUCCUUUGUAGUAAAACAGCUACUUUGAGAUCUUGUAUAGAAUGUCCUGGGAGAUUGAAGUGUUCUCCUACUGGUUUCUCUGUUUUGUGAUUCUUGAUGUCAGAUUUAUGUCCAUUUAUUCUUUGGCGUAGGUUUGGCCUGUUUGUCCAAUAUAGAGAGCUGAAGGACACUGUUGGCAUUUGAUGCCAUACACAAUGUUAGAUGAUGAGCAAUUGAAUAGUCCCGAGAUGGUAUGUGUGAUGUUGUUGGGGCCAGUAAUGGUGUUGUCCGGGUGUAUGUGGCAGCAAAGUUGGCAUCUGGGUUUAUUGCAGGCUCUGGUGCCAGUGUCCGUGUUAAGUCUGGUUGUAGUAUUAUUGUGGGUUAGGAGUUGUUUAAGAUUGGGCGGCUGUCUGUAGGCAAUGAAAGGUCUUCCUCCCAGAGCUUGAGAAAGAGAACUGUCAUUGUCCAGGAGAGGUUGUAGAUCUCUGAUGAUGCGUUGUACUGUUUUAACUUGGGAGCUGUAUGUGAUGACUAGAGGUGUUCUGUUAUUUUCUUUUUGGGGUCUGUCUUGCAGCAAGUUCUCUCUGGGUAUAAGUCUGGCUCUGUUGAUCUGUUGUCUAACUUCAUCUGCUGGGUAUUUUAGUUCUGAAAAGGUUUGCUGUAGAUCUCUUAGGUGAGAGUCUCUGUCUGUAGAAUUGGAACAGAUGCGGCUGUAACGUAGUGCCUGGCUAUAUACAAUGGACUGUUUGGUAUGUUUGGGAUGGUAGCUAGAGGCAUGUAGAUAUGUUUGUCGGUCAGUUGGUUUACGGUAUAAGGUGGUGUCUAUGCGCCCAUCCUGUAUUUUUAUAGUAGUGUCCAAAAAAUGUAUUUCUUGCAUAGAUUGAUUCAUUGUAAGGUUGAUUGUGGGGUGAAAAUCAUUAAAUUUCUGGUGAAAGGUGUCCAGGGUCUGUUGACCAUGUGUCCAGAUGCUAAAAAUAUUUUUAUCAUCUGGACAGCAUGGUCAACAGACCCUGGACACCUUUCACCAGAAAUUUGAUGAUUUUCACCUACAAUCAACCUUACAAUGAAUCAAUCUAUGCAAGAAAUACAUUUUUGGACACUACUAUAAAAAUACAGGAUGGGCGCAUAGACACCACCUUAUACCGUAAACCAACUGACCGACAAACAUAUCUACAUGCCUCUAGCUACCAUCCCAAACAUACCAAACAGUCCAUUGUAUAUAGCCAGGCACUACGUUACAGCCGCAUCUGUUCCAAUUCUACAGACAGAGACUCUCACCUAAGAGAUCUACAGCAAACCUUUUCAGAACUAAAAUACCCAGCAGAUGAAGUUAGACAACAGAUCAACAGAGCCAGACUUAUACCCAGAGAGAACUUGCUGCAAGACAGACCCCAAAAGAAAAUAACAGAACACCUCUAGUCAUCACAUACAGCUCCCAAGUUAAAACAGUACAACGCAUCAUCAGAGAUCUACAACCUCUCCUGGACAAUGACAGUUCUCUUUCUCAAGCUCUGGGAGGAAGACCUUUCAUUGCCUACAGACAGCCGCCCAAUCUUAAACAACUCCUAACCCACAAUAAUACUACAACCAGACUUAACACGGACACUGGCACCAGAGCCUGCAAUAAACCCAGAUGCCAACUUUGCUGCCACAUACACCCGGACAACACCAUUACUGGCCCCAACAACAUCACACAUACCAUCUCGGGACUAUUCAAUUGCUCAUCAUCUAACAUUGUGUAUGGCAUCAAAUGCCAACAGUGUCCUUCAGCUCUCUAUAUUGGACAAACAGGCCAAACCUUACGCCAAAGAAUAAAUGGACAUAAAUCUGACAUCAAGAAUCACAAAACAGAGAAACCAGUAGGAGAACACUUCAAUCUCCCAGGACAUUCUAUACAAGAUCUCAAAGUAGCUGUUUUACUACAAAGGAAUUUCAGAAAUAGACUGGAAAGAGAAGCUGCUGAAUUGCAACUCAUUACCAAACUUAAAACCAUGGAGAGACCUGGUUUGAACAAAGACAUUGGAUUCUUAUCCCAUUAUACAUGACUAAGCCAUUUCUCACCUUCUCACCCCUUGCCUUUUCCUGUAAGACCUAUUACAGUCGUUAAGAGUCGUCAGCAGGCUCAUCUCAGCUAUCUGCCAAUCUCCCAUUCCCACCACCCUUCUGAGUAAUACCCUCCCCACCUUCUCACUAUAUAGAAGGAUCUGGCAACUUCUGUUUCAGUGUAUCUGAAGAAGUGUGCUUGCACACGAAAGCUCAUACCAAGAACUAACUUAGUUGGUCUUAAAGGUGCUACUGGAAGGAUUUUUUUUAUUUUGACUAUGGCAGACCAACACGGCUACCUAUCUGUAACUCAGUCUAUAGAGAUUAGGACUUCUCUGGCCACCUUCCUUCUCUGUAUGGAUUGGUGGGUGCUGGCUUCUUGCUUCUUGCUUCUGCUUCUUUUACAAGGCAGUAGGUGAGGCUUAGGGAGAUACCAUUAGCCCACUUGCUGCUCACACUGGUUUUAUAUAGUACUAGACAUACUGAUGCCUUCCCCUCCCCCAACCCUGCCAGUUUGGGUUGCAGUGACCUGACUUUGUCCCUGCAUUGUGGUUGGACAGGGUUCACUCCCCUGAAUGGCAAAAACAUUUGCUUUGAGAAGGACUGAUUUCACCUGCCCUUGUAUGGAAAGAAAAAUUUAGCUUUACUGGCGAGUAAAACUCCACCAAAGCUUUCUUUCUAAUCCUGGCAAUCUUCUUAGCAUCUAUAGAGGGUUGGGCUAACUGGUAAUUAAAGUUAUCUUCUUAUUCUAAAUUCUUCUCACUAAAGUUGUAAUAUAGAAUUAUCUCAGUAGUGGAAAACAAAGCUUUGGGAACUCUGCGGAAUUUAAAAAAGUAGUCUGUGACACAGUGUGGUGGUGAGGUAGUUAUUGCUCAUUUCUGCACAUCUCUUAAUCAUCACAACCAACAUAAUUAAGUGUUUAUGAUGGCUGUUAAUUGGAUGUAGUAUACACUGUAUUUGACUAUAAUACAAAAUCUUUCCUUAUUGAAGAGAGAUCAACAAGAAAUGUUGUCCAGGCCAAUCUCUACACAGGUUGAAUUGUUUGACAAGGAGACCAAACAUCAGAGGUAAGCUCUUCCUAAAAUGUAUCUGCUGAAGGCCUUCAGUGCCAGAGAGGGGUUUGAGAGAGAAUAGUUUUUUAUUUGCAAAAUUCAGGGCUGUGGGAUAAUGUAACGGUGGCCAUAGUUUAGUGGGAAACUCCACACUUGGCAUGCGUGGGGUCCCAGGUUCAGGGUCCAGCUGCUUCUCCCAUUAAAAGGCUCUUGGGUAGUUGUGCUUACCUGGGAAAUAGUUCUUUCUGAGUCCUUCAAGUGCCCUGGUCUCCCAAAGCAGACAGUAUAAGAGAUUGCACUCCACAGCUGUGCUGAGACCUCCUCCUUGACCUGUUCUCUUCCACCUGCACCCCACCUCCAAUUUCAUAAGACCUUUUGUAAGGCCUUGUGCAAGUGAUGCAGGUCUUGUAAGGGCCUCUCAAGUCUUGCAUUCCCAUGUUGCAGAACAAUUGUGUGUCUCUUCUUCCUGGAAACAUUGAGGCACCUGUUGACCCCAGUCUUUUGUGCUGCAUAGUUCCCCACUAAGGCUGCCAUCCUCUGUACCUAACACCAAGCCAUAAACCCCCUGGGACUGACCUGUAUAAGCUCACACUGCACGUCUCUCAUCAAAGGCUGUUAUUAUACUUAGUUUUUCUUUAUUAUUCAAGUUAGAUUUCUAUACCGCCCUUCAUCCAAAGAUCACAGGGCAGUUCACAACAUAAAAAUACAAAAGGAGAAAAAAUAAUACAUAACAAAAUUUCCCCCAAACCAAGAAACCCCCUUCCACAAACACGCUUAAAAGGCCAUAGAUUAAUCAGCCAAAGGCCUGCUUAUAAAUGUUUUUGCUUGGCACCUAAAGAUAUGUAAUGAAGUUGCCAGCUGAGCCUCCCGGGGGAGAGCGUUCCACAAGCUGGAAGUCACUGCAGAAAAUGCCUGUUCUCUUGUUGCCACUCUCUGGACCUCUUGUGGGGCCUCAGAAGAUGAUCGUGGGGUGUAAUAUGCUCAAAUCAUCUUGUCCCAGUGAGCAACCUGGCCACAGAAUUCUGCAACAGCUGAAGUUUCUGAACCGUCUUCAGAGGCAGCCCCACGUAUAACACAUUGCAGUAAUCUAAUCUAGAGGUUACCAGAGCAUAGACAACAGAACUUGGGCUAUUUCCUAGCCAGAUAAGGGUGCAGCUGAGCCACCAGCCAAAGCUGAUAGAAGGCACUCUGUGCCACCAAGGCCACCUGAGCCUCAAGCACCUGCAGUGAAUCAAGGAGUACCCCCAAGCGAUGUACUUGCUCCUUCAGAGGGAGUGUAGCCCCAUCAAGAGCAGGCAGCCUGCCAUCCAUCCGGUCUAGGGAACUGCCCACCAACAAUGCCUCAGUCUUAUCUGGGACAGGCCAAACAGGGGCAACUCAUCAAGUGGAGGAAAUGCUGAGAAUUGCUCUCUCAUACCUGCGGUGUAUCUUUGUCAGUUCUGUACGGCUGCAAAAUGUGGGAGGUAGAAUUAUAAACUAGCUUUGUUGCUGAUGAAACAGCGAAGGACAAAUUUUCAAUGGUGAGGCUGAGAUUGAAGGGCAUGUCAUUUAGUUUUUGAAGAUGGUUGAUCUCUGGCAUAUUAGAGGGUUAGGACUGUCUCUUGAUUAUUCCUGUUGGCUAAAUCAAUGAAAUUGCAUGAAUUUGCAUAUGAAUAAAUUGUCCUGAAGAAAUAAGGCCUCUGUUUGAUGCAUAUGUAUAUCACAGCAGGCUCCAUUUCAGAAGAGGCAUUCCCCCUUGUGUCUAAGGGAGGAGGGACACCUCUUCCCAACAAGCGCCACACUUCCUUUGAUACUUUACAGAGGUAUCUAUACAAGCAACUCCCCAUUUAUGCAGGAGUUACGUUCCAGCGCCCCAUAUGCACAAAUGAAAAUUCUGUAAGUGGGGAGCACCCUUUAAAUGCCCUCUCUGCCACUCCAAUCCAGAUAAAAAAAUACUGCAUCCAAAAUAUCCACAACUGGAAUUGAAGUUUUGGGGCCAGCUGGAAGACGCGUGGAAAACUGCAGCUGAGGUGCGCGGUAGCACUAAACAAAGCUCCACUACACCUCCGGUCUCUUCCACCCUAACUAAAGUCCUGUUUGGGCUCCGGGAAGGAUCUCCUCUCAAGCCAAAAUAAUUCUCCAGCUUUCUCCCUUCAUUGCCUGAUAUGAAUUUAAUUAUUUAAUUAUUUUCCAGUGCCACAUAUAUACAUGAUUACACCCAAGUGUGUGGGGGGGUGCUUAUACUUAGUUUUUAGUAGUAUACAAAUUUAUUUAAAUCAGUUAGAAGCAAGAUUAUCCAUAGGGCUGGGCAAUGUAUUCAUUCAUUGCCCGAAACCGGUUUUGAAACCUACAUCACAGGAACGAUUUCACAAUUUUAGGCCAGGCAGUAUACUAUGAAUGCCAACAGGUUUCGCCAGGGUUUCACACACAGCGUCACCAGUCCUCGGCUCUCCUCUCGGAGCCCCGCAAGACCACCCAAGGCCACUCCCUCCCUCUGCAGCCCAGCUGCCCCCUAAGAUACUGGAGUGGGGCCAGGGACAACAGCCAUGCCUGCACCUAUCUCUUGUGUGCUCAUUUGCUUACCUGCCUGCCACUUGCCUGCUAGCACUUCUCCAGCUGAGCAACCAGGCUGCCUCCUUCCUCCCUUCCACCUCGCACUGGGUGCUGGCCAUGUCCCAAGAGUCCCUGUGGUGAGAGCACGCGGAGAGCAGCAGCAGGAGCAGUGCUGGCUCCUCUUCCUUGCCCCCGGCUCUGGGCUUUCUGGUCAGUUGGUGGCAGUGAUUGGCACAGAUGGGAGCUCCACCGCGUUGGAGGAAUGAAGUAGCUCCUGGUAGUCACCCUUGAUGUGAGUGGGAGCUGGGGGCAGCCCAGGGCAGGCUCCAGGGAGAGGCUGUGGUGGGGAGGUCAGCCGUGCUCCAGGGCUCCUUGUUUGCACCCCAGCUGAUGUGCUCUGCCCGGGGCAGAGCUGCCCACCUGGCCUCACUAUGAAGAAGCAGCACACAGUGUUCCUGAUCACCUGCAUGGCUGGCCAUGGAGGGCUGGCUGGCUACUAAGCCAGUUCAAACUCCUCAUUUUCAGACAUUGUGAUAUAUCACUAUAUUGGAAUGUUUCACUGGUGAUGCAUCACGAUGUUGAAAAGCAGAUAUCGCCCAGCCCUAAUGAUUGGCAUUCAAAGUGUGGACAGCCCAAGUAUUUUCUGCAGAGCCCCUCCCUUUAUUUUCUGAGAUGACUAUUGCUUUCCUAAAUUCCUUACCCCUAAGAAAAAAUUAGGUGGGGGAGGAAUCAAAAGCCGGACUAGACAAGGAGUUGUUUUUGUACCAAGCUAAAUCCUUGGUUCACAUCACCUCAAAAGGUUAGUUCACUGGAAUCUUAGGCACAUGGCCUUUCCCAGCCCCCUUACCUGGCUGAAAGCCCCUUUUAACAGGAGUAGUCAAGAAUGGACCUCCCGAGUCCUUAGAUAUGCAAAGGGUGUGCUCUGUGCCGCCUCCCCAUAGAGUCAGAAACAGCAGUUAAACAAACUCACCUAAAGAGGAGGAGCACACGGCUCCAUGUUGUGCAUGAACAGUGUAACUGCAGUGCUUAAAACAGGGGUGCAUAAGAUAGACUGUAUAAGUUUUUCGGGACGCGGGUGGCACUGUGGCUUGAACCACAGAGCCUAGGACUUGCCGAUCAGAAGGUUGGCGGUUCGAAUCCCCGCAACGGGGUGAGCUCCCGUUGCUCGGUCCCUGCUCCUGUCAACAUAGCAGUUCAAAGUGCAAGUAGAUAAAUAGGUACCGCUCCGGCGGGAAGGUAAACGGCGUUUCCCGUGCGCUGCUCUGGUUCGCCAGAAGCGGCUUAGUCAUGCUGGCCACAUGACCCGGAAGCUGUACACUGGCUCCCUCGGCCAAUAAAGCGAGAUGAGCGCCACAACCCCAGAGUCGACCACGACUGGACCUAAUGGUCAGGGGUCCCUUUACCUAUAAGUUUUUAAAUGUAAUAUACCUCUGAAUAGAUGUUUGGGGUGGGGAUUUGUUUCUACAGUUGAUAACCAAAGCAAGUCAGUUGUUGGCCUUUUGUUCAGCUGUGCACCUCAUAGCAUUUGGCCGGGAUGAGUGUGUGGUCAGGUAGGAACCAGAUUACUUGAACACAGAGGAGACGGUCAGGCAUGUGCUUCUCAUGUUUGCAUCCAGCCGCUCAGACUCCACUAGUACUGGAGCCUGAACCGAGUGUUUCUGCCCCUAGGCAGCAAAAGGUCACUGCUGACCCAUUUGGAUAUGGGAAUAACUCUCACAGCUGUGCGCAAGUAGCUUCAGUUUUCAGAGGGUUUGUAGCAUCCAGAGUCUUUAAGAAGUGGCUCAGGAGAGAGGGGCGGAGAAAUAAGUUGGGUUACAGCAUCUCACAGAUUUGAGUAGAAGAGCCCGAGUCCUGGCCCUCCUGCUUGCAAGUCCUCCAGGGAAGAAAUAAUACAUGGUCUAAGAAGACAGUGAGUAUACUCCAGCCUGGAACUGUGGUUCUGUGAUCAAGUGUAGGCAAGGGUGCCAUAGGAAUCCUCCCUAAUACACAAGUGGCUUGCAGCAGUGGCCUUUCAUGGGUUGAUGCUUGCACAAGGAAGGUGCAGUGUUUAGACCGCAUCCUGUGAAGAGACAUAAUAACUGAAGUUCCACUUUCUGUUUGGUACAGACUUGGUUUUUCUAUCCUGGCUUUUUCUGGCCAUUGUGGCACCCCUUGUUCUUCAAAUCGGGACUUCUUUCUUUAUCAUUUUAGGAUAAUUCUCAUAAUUCUGCCUAUUUAGGUGAGCUGCAGACCAGAGUGUAUUGUGCUGCCAAGCCCUUUCCGGGGAUGUUAAGAAACCAGUGCGAAGGCACUAAGUCAGAUUACACCACUUUUGUUCCACAUUCACAUACAUACCUUUCAAACAGUGCAGCAGUUACACAGUGUGUUUCUAGCUUACACACCCCACAGCUAUUAUUAUGUUUCCCAUUGUAAAUACUCCAGUUCAUACAAGUCUGUGAACUUCUGCUUGCAUGAGUGCUUGGCACUACCUAGGGAAGCUGCAAACCCAAGGGCUGCCCACUCCUGACACUCUCUCCUUCCCUGCAAAGAUUAUAAUCUAAUGUUUAGUUUUCUUCUCUUCUUGCCUCUGUAUAGGUGUGUUGGGCUUUUCUGUUUCUGCCAAAUCAGCUUUUCUGAAGGCAGGCAGUGAUCCUUGCCUGUGACCAACAAGAGUCACUAUAUUCUGGAAGUACAAUCUUUUUCUUUUUCGGGGGUGGGGGAGGGCUGGUUUCCUUCCUCUCCUCCCUUUCCCCACCUCCCCUGCUUGCUUGCUUGCUUGCUUCUUCCUCCCUCUUCUUCCAAAGUGCUGCCGCUUUUCCCUACUCCGUGUCUAUGCCCUUGAUUGGCCUUUAGUUCACAGGACAUUUUAAGCAGUGGGACUUUGCUACAAAGUUUUAUAGGUCUUGCCCCUAAAUCUAGAAGCUGUUCCCUUUAAGAUGCAUUAUUAUUCUUAUUAUUAUUCUACCUCUUCUGGCCAAUUCCAGGAAACUGAGCCAGAAGCUUCCUGCAAAAGGUAGUUGGGGCUUCUAUCAAAGGGCCUAGAACUGUCAGUAUCCCUCCCACUUCAGUGCCAGCAUGAUCAACUGGCUGGGCUAGCCAUGUCUGGGGACAAGCAGGGUGCUACUGGUUUGCGGAUUCUGAUUUUGAGCUUCUGUGUGGACUGCUCCAACCUCUCAUAGCCAUAUUAAGGGUAGCUGCAUGGCCACUGGCUGUGCAGCACCCUGUCUCUCCACAAUGCUUGGGGUGCUUUGGGACUUGGCUUCCUGUGCUGGGGGGGGUGUGACUUAUGCCAACACACCCAGAAUCUUUUAAAUUUACCUCUAAGUAAAUUUGCACGUGCCCAUGCCAGGAUCUGGACAUAUCAGGAUGUUGAAGAUUGUGAGCUUAGCUCUCCUUUCCCUUCAUCCCAAGCCAGAUGGCUGCAUCUGAUCUCUUGGAUCAGUCAGAUUCAAAGUUAGGGAGAGAUCGCUGUUCCAUUACGGCCAGUGAAGGGGAAAUACCUUUACCAGUCUAAGCUGGUUGCCCAGUAGACUUUGCUGUGAAUUUUCUCUGGGUUGUUUUUAUAUGAACUUACUGUUUGGAAGAAAAAUGUUGACCUUAUCUCAACCAUGGUGCUUGCUGCUCCCUUGCUCCAUAAAAAAACUAGACCACACAAGAAAGUUGCCAGAGUUUUGCAUUGCCCUUUCCUUUGGACCCAGAACCAUCCAAGGAUAUUUCCAAAGGCCAGCUGCAUUUUGUUAACUGGGCACUAUGUCCACAUCCAGGCUGCAUUUCGCAGUCUUCCUUCAUGACUGGGUGGCAGACACACAGCACUGGAGAACAAAGUCUGGAAGUCGCCUGUGUCUUUACAGUCCUAUAGUUUCAAGUAGUCUUCCAACUAAUUGCAAAAGAGUAGGAUUGCUGAAGGACCAAGCCGCACAGCUUUCAGAAGUCAAGAAGGGUCAGCUACACGGUGAACUCCUGGGGAUCUCUGUGCCUGGGACUUGAAGAAGAGAGACUUGGGGUCGCAGGGGAAGAUGGGAAGGUCCAGGAUGGUGGGGGACAGUUUCCUAGUCUCAUCACCCCUGACAUUCUCUCCAGGCCUUCACAUUACUAAAUUGGGGCAGGACACAAAUCGGUCUUAAAAUGUCACCCCUGUGCCCUGGUUUGGUGAGCAUUGCCUUCGGUUUUAUCAAGUGCAAGAUUGAGCAGCAGGCAAAUGCCACAGCUUCCCCCUUGAUUACCCUUCUUUCUUAGCAGCCAAUACAGAGAGGGCUUGGAUAUCCCACAGGAAGGCUUUUCCCCCAGGCUUCCCCCCCUUGGAUGCUUUGAUUCUUCCCAUGUCCAUGAGGAUGUGGCCAUAUGGUGCCAGCUUCAGAAUCUCUGGGUAUCUCCAGCGUGACAGACCACAGUCCUCUGCCAGUGCUGCUCAUGCUACCCACCUUACAGGAAGGAGCUCUUUACUGAAGCUGUUUCUAUGAAGCCAAAACAUUUUGAAAAGUGAGUGAUGUGUUUUGCAUCAUUGAUCUUCCCUUCUACAAUUUUGGUUUUAAAAAAUUAAAACACAGUAAAAGACAUAAUUUAUUUUGUUCUUCAAAAUAAGCUAAUUGCUGCAAUUUCCUUUUUCUCUCCAGAGAUCAGUGGUCUCCUGAAUUGCCAACUGCUCCUCUUGCACUUAAUAAGGUACUGAAAUUGGGGGCAGAUGUGCUCCUCUCAAAGUAGGAGAAGGUAACAUUUGCUGUGUGUCUUCAAUAGCAGUGGAGGCACAGAGAAUCCAUUCAGUGAAUCAGAGAAUGAGGUGGGACAGUACCCGCCUCUCUUUGGAUCAUGGCUAGACUGAAGCAGGACAGUUGACCGGAUGACAACUGUUCAUCUUGGCUCUUAUUUCUCUACACCCAAGACAGAUCUCCUGUGUAAGGAAAUUGUUCAAGGCCUUCAUAUUUUCUACUCUUUUUUUAAAAAAACUUUGGGAAUGGACACUUAUAUAUGAACCUCUUCAGUCAGAGCACAUACAGUCACAAACAUUGUUACUUAAAUUUAGUGCAUUGAUCUGAAGACAUGUUUUGCAGAUACAAAAAUUGCUUAUUAUACCACUUACUUUAAUGGUAUCACAGUGAGCGUCAUUCCCACGGAAUCCAGUGACGCUUGCACCAAGGUGCGUUUGCGUAGGGCUUGUAGCCUUACAUUGCUGAGUCCGCUUGUAUGGGCUCAGAUGCAUGGGCUUGUAAGGAUCGGGUGCAUCCUUCCACAAAAGGAGUAGUGGAGAGUUGAUGUGCGAGCCUGUGGGAGGAAAUGAAAGAGCUUCUGGACAGGCCAGAGGUCUGUGGCCACAGGGCGUUUGUUUUUUGUUUGUUUGUUUGUGUUUGUAUGUGAUCCAGAACCAAGAGGAGCAUUAAGAAAGAUAGUCUAAAUUUUCCAUGUUCCUUGUGGCCCUCUAGCGGUGGAUCAUUAUUCGUUCUGUCUUUUGUCUCCAGUCUGCCAGGGGUCCAGGUCUGCACAGCUGCUCUUACACAAAAGAGGAACGAUUGUGCCCUCCUUCCUAGGUCCUUUAAUAUGGACAAACAAGAUAAAGAUUGCAAACAGGAUAGGGAUACGAUGAUCAAUAGGGGACACACAGUAGCCAGUGCAGUAUUUAACCACUUAAAAUUAAUCUGAGUGUCACAGCACAUGCUAUCCUUUCACAGCAACCUAGGGAGAGAAGUUGAGCUGAGAGAUGUUGACUAGUGCAGCUGGAGAACUUUGUGCAAGGGUGGGGAUUUGACUCUGCUUCACAUGUAGUUAGAAUAAACUGUUGUACAAAACCUGUGACUCUUAAGUUACAGAAAAGCAGGCUUGGAGAAGAAAAAUGCCACUGUUGGAGGCAGGAUACUUCUCAAUAUCAGUUGAUGGCAGUCUCAAGCGAGGAGAGUGCUGUUGUGCUCAGAUCCUGCUCAGGGGCCUCCCUCAAGCCACCUGGUUGGCUGCUGGCUGCUGAACUAGGUGGGCCCCUGGCCUGAGCCAGCAGAGCUCCUCUUGUCUCCUUAUGUCUAAGACCAUGAUAUGCUUUAGGUAGCUAAGAGUUUUUGUUUUGUGAAUUCUCCUUAGCAACCAAACAAGAAGAAACCUAGCUCUGCGUCUACAUUUCGGACUAGGCCACUAUCUGGAAAGAAGGGGAAAGGAACUCUGUCAAGGUACAGCAGCUGAAUAGCACCCAGCUUAUCUUAGGCAUUUUUCAAAGUACAACAGUAACUGGUGUUAUCUUCUAACCAUGCCUGGUGAUAGUAACUACAUGAACAUACCGGUAAUUAAAAGUAAAGAGGCUAAAACUAUUUUUGCCUAUGUAGCAUUGACGGAGGCUAAUAGCAAGGUGAACUGAAAAACAAUCAACAAACCACAGAAAGCCUCUAACAGCAUUCUGCUUUCUGAAGAAGGGCAGCUUUAAAAAGCUGCCUCACCCCAACAGCUAACAAUCCCAUCCAUGUCACAUUAAUGAUGUUCUAUUUCACUGGGAUUAUUGGUCCUGUUGACUUUCAGGACCAGGUCUGGAGAAAUCCCCGCUUUUCUAGAAAGGUGAAAUAGCCCCUUAUCAGUUUAUUUGUUUUUGCCAAUUGCUUCUUACAUUCCAGUCCUUUUUUCUGUUGUUCGCUCUUAAAAUGCUUAGAAAUGCUGUGUUUUGGCCUUGUCUCUAGCACAAAACUAAGACCACAUGACAUUCCUAGUGCUGCAGAUGUUGCAGUCCCAGACUUCUCUCUUGCCAAGACAAUUGGGAAAAUUGAAGGGCAACUUGAAGAAGGAAACUUUCCUGAUCUAGAGGACGAUCUUAUCCCCGGUGUAGGAAGUGAAAUUGGAGCAGGUGGGUCUGCUUUUUACUGUCCUUUCCUUACUGCUAAAAGGGAGCUGGAUUUCUCUUCCAACUGACCUGUUCAUAUGAUCUUUAAAUUUUAAGGCCUCACGUAGACAGGCUUUUUAACACAUGCCUACUCUUUGAAUUGGCAGUGUUUCAUCUAGUUCCUAGAAUGAGGGAUAAAUUAUCAGUCACAUGAGAAAACGGAGGUGUCUUUCAGUGUCUCAGAGUUUAUUGCCCACCUGUGCUAUCCUCAUUGCUGCCAUAGCUGCAUCUCCUUUCUGCUUGUUUGGCAACAGCAGAUCACUACACUUGGCAAGCCACCUGGGGUGGGAAAUUGCUUUAGGUGUCCCUCCCUGCAAGGAAUCCUUCCUGACGUCGUCCCAGGGGAAGGCUGGUAACAUUGCACUUUUUAAUCCUGUGCGCUCCCUUCAGACACUAGGGACCCGAGUCCAGGGAAUUGAAUGGCCUGUUUCAUGGAAUGUCUUUGCAUCUAUGAAGGAUGUUCUAGAAUUGUCAGUCUUCAAAACUUCUAUAUUAUUGUACCAUUAGCAUAAGCGUGUGAUUAAAAGCUAUUCAGAUGUUUUGAGGCUCUUUUCUGUCAGGUCUAGAAUGGCACAACAGUCCAGAACAUUAAAUGUAAUUAUUGCAAAUCUACAGAGGCCCAAAUCCGGUUCCUAAAGGCAAAGCUUCGUGUUAUGCAGGAGGAGCUGGAUGCCAUGGGGCUAGAAUGCAGUAAGAAGGUAAGAACAGGUGGACUUUCUGUUCCUGCAUCAUAAUAUGUAGCAGCAACAUCCUUGUAUGAGGGGCUAUAUUGUUGGCUCACAGUUGUUGCUAGCACCUAAAUGUUACUCAGUGCGAGAUUAAAGGUCUUUUCACAUACUCACCAGCCAGGGAUCUGAAGUGUAUGCUUGUACAGGGCCAAGGCUGUUCCUAUAGCCAAGCCUGGGCUCUGGUCCACACUCACACUCCCUCAGCCAGUAACCUUCUGCAGGCAGCAAAACCUGUACUCUUCACCCGCAAGCAGAAAUCCUACACAACAGACAAUCCUUUUGAUGCAGUCAACAAACAAAUACUUUUCUGGCUGGUGCCAGGAUAGUUCUAGUCUCUGCUUCGUUACUCCUUUGCUCCUCCAAAGCACUCUUGGGAAGAGCUGGGUGGGAAAUGAACCUAAGAGGUAGAAGAACUGAGGCCUUGCUGGUGGUGCUGAAACCAAUGGUAGGUGCUUCUUUUUUGCCCAGAGUUCCCUGGCCAUGCUGCUGCCCAGAAGCUUCCAGCACCUGCUUGAAUCGCAGAAUUCUAGAGUUUGAAAGGACCCCAAGGGUCAUCUAGUCCAGCCCCCUGAAAGGCAGAAAUCCCAACUACGAAUCAGAACGAAGGGGUAGUGGUCCAUGGGCUUUAUCAGAUUUGGCAGCUUCUCUGCCACAUUGUUAAUCUUUGCACCUGGAAGACAACACACCUCCCAUGACAUCCUGUUUCCUCCACGCCCUACUGCCUGUCCCCCUCAGUAGGGAGUCACCUGUCAGGUGCUGGUUGUGGUUGCUCGUUAGUAACCAGGCAGGACUCCGACCUGUCUUUAACAGGUUUUAUUUGGUGCAAACUAUUUACAGUGCAGAGCCACAAAGUUCAUGUCCGUCUUAGUCACUUGCAGAUUCUGGGAGUGGCCCCUUCCGGUUUCUCCCCCAACGUAAGAACUUAGACCCCCCCCAAAUCUCCGCCUCCCCUCCUUACAUUUCACCCCUCUGCGUAAGCUGGGCGACUGAAACAGCGCGUCUGCCUCCUGGCCAGCUGGGCUAGGUGAGGCGCUUGGGCUCUCAGUAGCAUCUUCGAGCCCUCCCCUCGCUUGGCUGCCCCUUCCCCCUCUGCUCCACUGGAGGUGUGGCUUUCACCACUGCUGGACGAGGCGCUUCUGUCUAAUCCUCUUUUAAAGUUCUCCAAGUUAGUGGCCAUCACUAGGGCUAGACGAUAUAUCAAUAUAUCACCAAAAACCAGUUUGAAAUCCAUAUUGUGAUAGCGGUUUCAUAAUUUUUGACCUGUUAAUUAUCACGAAUUGUGAUGUGUGUGUGUGCUAUGCAAAAAUCACAAUGUGGGAAAAACCGUGAAGCCAGCCAAUGCCUCUGCAUAACUCCAUCCUUAUUUCAGACAUCAUGGUGUAUCAAUAUGUUGUGAGGUUUAGCUGAUGAUAUACCACGGUGUUGAAAUCCAGAUAUCGCCCAGCCCUAGUCUUCACUACUUGUGAAAGCAAAUUGCAUAUUUAAACUCAGUUCAGUAAGUUAAUUCUUGGUCUUCAGGAUGAAGAAAAUCAGAAGUUAAGCAGCUCCCUAAAAGAGGCUGAAGAAGAGCGUGGGAGGCUGCAGCGAACAGCCAGUGUACAGCAAUCUCAAAUAGAAAAGUAUAAAAUGCUGUCAGAAGAAGCAAACAGUAAAAGUGAAGGACUGCAGCAGAAGUGCUCUGCACUAGAAAAGGUAACAAGAUCCCCAUUUCAGCCUCAUUACAUGGCAAUAUGUCACUGGACUGGCCGCCCUCAGUUUAAUUCCCAUUUUGCAGAAAAGUACAGAGAAAGGGAAAUCAGCCAAUUCAUUGCUCCCAAGGCAGGAGCCAGGGCAAGGGCAAAGGGUGUUUUGCUCGGCUCCUGUGAUCAGAUAAAUCAAAUUUGAGUAUAUCAUUAGGGAAAUUGUUUCUGUCUUAUUUUCCCUCCAUAGGGGCGUUUUCUCCAUGUAGGGAGAAAAACAGCGCUGUACUUCAGCACCCUUUUCACUCUCCUGCUUCUAGCAGUCAGGGCGGACAACAGUCCCAUAUAUAUUUCCCACAGUGCUGUGCUGAAAGUGAUGUUAAAUUUUGAAAAAACACCAACAGAUAGCUGUAGAAUGAUAUAAUGCACACAAAGCCAGCAUAAGCAUGGAAAGGAUGCCACAAUAAGAAAGCAAACAGCAUUGAUCUUGGCAGAACAGAGAGGUCUUCUCCUCAUCUUCUGAAAGUCAACAAGGUGGUGGCAUGGCAGGAGCACCUCCAAAGAGAAAUGUUCCUCCCUGGUUGCAGGAAUUUGCAGCAAUGGACUUCUUGCAAAGCAUCCACCUAGUGUGCUGGGUCCUGUCACCUGGGAAGUCCUUCCUCUAGUCUCCAGUGCUGCUGCCCUCUGGGCUAAACAGGCACAUGAGAAUCCAGCACCCGCCACCUCCAGAACCCUAAGUGCAUGUUGCUGUAAAUCUUCAUCCUGUUUUCUGUUUUGACUUACUGCAAUAGGAACUGGAGAAUCUGAAGCGAGCCCAAAAACAGGCUUCAGCCAGCCAGAGUACAAUGGAGGUUCGCUUCAACAGAGCUCUUGAAGAAGCAGAGAAAUAUAAAAUGGAACUGAAUAAAGUGAAGCAAAGCAACAAGGUAGGCUUUGUUUUUGCAUAGAAAACAGGAAAAACCAGCAGAGGUACAUGAUGUCCAAGUUUAAGUUCACUCUGCAAUAGCCCCCUGUAACUUCCUUAGCCGUCUAGAUCUUAGGGCAGAUUGUCCCAUUUUAUUUUCACAACAACCCUGUCAGGUAGGUUAGACUGAAAGUUACCAAGUGAACAAGGCUGCCAUACUUUUUAAUAAUUCUCUCCCCCUCCCCAUGUUUUUAGCUGAAUUUAUUUUUAUCUGUAAGCUAACUUGAGACUAUGUCAGGGGGAAAGGUGGGGUAACAAUAACACUGUAUCUUUGUCCUCAACACUGUCCAUACAUCUGUUUAUGCCAAACACAGCAGUCAGAAUCAAAUAUGAAAUUAAAUAGAAUUCCAGGAGAAUUUCUUUUGGUUGCAGAAUUAUAGAUGCCUGGAUGUUGUUAUUGUGUGCCUGGAAUACACACCUCACAGUGACUAACUGGCCCCCUUUGCUUUAGAAAGAGGUUCAUCACCUGAAUCACGUGCAGUGCCUUUUUUGAGGCAGUACGCCAUAGUGCUACCUAUUCCUCACCCUGCAGUACACCUUUACCUGCCACUUCCCGCAGUGACAGGCACAUCCUCUUAGAGGCGCUUUGGCACGACCUUUUUAUGAUUUCCAAGUUCCUGGAAAGCGCUUUGGCGAUUGUAAAAGGGUUGUGCCAAAGUAGUAGUAAUAAUAAUAAUAAUAAUGUGCCUCUGGGAGGCUGUGCCUACUGCUGUGGGAAGCGGCAGCAGGCAAAGGUGUGAGUGGGGUUGGAAGCAAGCAGGCAAACGGUGGCGGGAUAGGAGGGGAUGGGGGGUCUGGUGCAUUGUGGCACCUUUUUUCCUAGAAAUAAAGAACUGGUCCUAUGACUGAACCUUCCCUUUUGGAAUGACAUGCUCUGGGUUCUACAAGAACAUCCCAAAGGAUUCUACUCAUAGCUGCUUAUAAAGGCGUAAAGGUAAAGGGACCCCUGACCAUUAGGUCCAAUCGUAGCUGACUCUGGGGUUGCAGCGCUCGUCUUGCUUUACUGGCCGAGGGAGCCGGCAUACAGCUUCUGGGUCAUGUGGCCAGCAUGACUAAGCCCCUUCUGGCGAACUAGAGCAGCGCACGGAAACGCCGUUUACCUUCCUGCCGGAGUGGUACCUAUUUAUCUACUUGCACUUUGACGUGCUUUCAAACUGCUAGGUUGGCAGGAGCAGGGACCGAGUAACAGGAGCUCACCCCGUCACAGGGAUUUGAACUGCCGACCUUCUGAUCAGCAAGCCCUAGGCUCUGUGGUUUAACCCACAGCGCCAUCCGCGUCCCCUAUAAAGGCAUAACACACACUAUAUCCUUCCUCUCCCACUAGGAUUUAGUCAACCAGGAACAUAAAAAGCUUGAAGACCUGAAAACUGAGAACAAGAAGUUGGAAAAGCAAAAGGGAGAGCUGAUGGCAGGAUUCAAGAAACAAUUAAAGUUAAUUGAUAUAUUAAAGAGACAAAAGGCAAGUUAUCCUGAGCUGUUGGCAAUUUUCAUUGAAUUAAAGUUAGGGCCAUAGGACUCUUUUGAAUUUAUUUGAUUGGGUGGGGAGACAAGGGAGGCAAUGGCAAAAUAUGUAACGGAGGAUCCAAAUUCCAAGAAGGUUAAGAUCAUUUUCAGAACUAUGAUGUGGUACAACUUUGGAUUACACAAUUGAGCCAACAUGUACUAGAAUUAUGAGCCACUUUAGGACUAGGACAUGAGACUUGCAUUGAACCAGUCCAGAAAAAGGCAAGGAGGGAGAACUUCCCUUCCCAGGUAUCAGUAUUAGCAACUGGGUCAUUCUGUCUUUUGUCUACUACAUUGAGAGAUUUAAGAACUGCUCUGUUUGAACAAAUACAAUUUCUUUUUCAUUGUGUCUUACUAGACAGAAAACUUUCCUGGGGGGAAAAGGGAAAGCAAGUCUUAGUAUUAGCAAGGCAGCAGUUAACCAUCGAGCACAUUUGGGUGGCCUAGCCAGCCUCCAGCUACAUCUGUUCCUAAACUUUCUCUUGGAAGUGGUUUGGACUUAAGAACAGACAACUUCCUUAAGACAAUUGUUUGAAAAAUAAGCUAAGUACUGCAGCUGAACCACCACCAGGGAAGUUGUGCAGAGCCAAUAGGUCUGAAAAGGAUUUGGGCUGCUUUGUCUCAGAAAGCACCAGCAGCUUGAGCAGUGGCUUCAAGCAUCCCUAGUGAUCUGCUCCCUCCAGCUGACUCAGCUAUAGUCAGGUAACUUCAUUAUCUGUCAUAGUAAGUAGGAGAUGGAUGGAGCUGGUCUAGAGGGGGAGAACCAGUUUUAUCGUCAAGGGUGAAGAUGGCCAGUUUUAUAAUUCAGCAUAAAUGCUUGGAAGAAACUCUUACAUAACAGAAGGAUAAGUGGUUGCCUUGGCUUCCUUCUUACCUGCACUUUGAUUUUACAAAUGUUAAAAUAGGGAAUAAGGUAAAUUUUGUCAGAGUUAAAUUUUUCAUGCAACUAUUAUUGAAUUGUUUUUCCCCCUUUCCUUAGAUGCACAUUGAAUCUGCAAAGAUGCUUUCUUUCACUGAAGAAGAGUUUAUGAAAGCCCUGGAAUGGGGAAAUUCUUAAUGUUCAACACUGGACAGAAACACAAUUAACAUUCAGCACUAUGGUGGCUCAAAAAACAAACAUGUUUCAAAGCAAAUCCACUGAAGUUUUCUCAAACACUGGAAUGUGUUAAUUUUAGUGUAGUAUCAGCUCCUGUUUGGUCUCUCCUCCUCACUGUUAUUGCAAGCUGCCAUUUGGUUCAUCUUCCUCCAUUUAUGCAAUUGUACUGACGACUGCUGUUGUCUUCCAGGUUAUCAAGACCAGCUUGGGGAGCUUCACAUAUUCCACUGACACUAAAGACUCCCUUAAGUUUAUGAGUUACUUCAUCAGUAGCUUAGUAAAGCCUUUUUGUUUUUCACAAUAAAGUUGUUAUUUUCCAAGUUUCCUGUCCAUCAUUAAAUAACAAGAGCUGCUUCUGAGCAAGGUUACUCCCAUGUCACAGUUCCCUCCACAGAAGCAC